AUGGCUAAAUUUCUUUCACGAUUAUUCGGUGGUAGUAGUUCAUCAAAACGUUCAUCAUUGCGUGGCUCACAUACAUCAGUCAAUGAAGGUAGUCAACGAACUGGCACAUCCUCGAAUAUGCGUGCUGCUGCAUCACUUGAAAGUCUUGCAUCAUAUCAUAUUAAUCCAAAAGAACUCGAAAAAAGUAAAUUACACAAAGCAUCAUGGGAAGGAGACUUGCAUAAAGUAGAACGUCUUGCUCGGCCAGAUCAAAUUGACCUGAAAGAUCAACAAGCUCGAACUCCAUUGCAUUUAGCUGUUGCCAGAGGACAUUUAGCUAUAGUACAGCGUCUUGUUCAUGAAGGUGCAAAAUUAAAUAUUGUUGAUAGCGAUCAACGAACACCUUUAGUUAAAGCUGUUCUUUGUGGUAAUCAGAAUCCAUCAUUAUAUGAUCAAAUAUGUAUAACUUUAUUACGAGGAGGAGCUGAUGCUUUUAUUAAUGCCGUGGAUAAGAAUGGAAAAAAUGCAUUACAUUAUUCAAUUGAAUAUGGUAAUGAACAACUUGUUGAGCUUUUUCUAUCAGUUCAAUAUUGUGAUCCAAAUUUUCGAGAUAAUGAUCAAAUGACACCAUUACAUUUAGCUGUUAAACGAAAUAGUCCUAAUAUAGUUGAUAUACUUUUAUCUGAUAGAUAUGAUCAUCAAGCUGAUCCGAAUUUAACAAAUAGAAAUGGGCAGACACCAUUACAUAUGGCAGCUAGUCUUGGCUAUAUAGAUAUCAUUCAAGUUAUAUUUCAAUCAAAUCUUACUGAACCAUGUGAUCCAACUAUUCUCGAUGCACGACAAUUAACUGCAUAUCAAUUAGCGAAAGAAAAUCAUCAUGAUGAAUGUUCUAAACUAAUUGAUGAAUAUCAACAUGGUUGGACAAGACUUUCACCACGACGAGAUAUAUCAGAAACAAUAAAUGAACAUGAAAUUAAUCCUAGUAUUAGGAAUCCAGCUGGACGUUUUCAUCCUGGUGAUGAUGAUGAUGAUGAAAGUGAAAGGACAACAUCAAGUGAAACAAAUCAAUUUUCAAGAUCUUCAUCAAGACCAAUACAACAGCCAUCAAAUCAAUGGCCAAAUCGAACAACAUCUUUAACAAAUCAAAAUAAACAAGAAGCUCAUUCUUUAGCUGAUCUCAUUAGAAAUAAUCCAUUACAAGCUGAUUUACCUAAAACAAAUGGAUCAAAAUCAAACAAUCAAACAAUAUCAAGUCUUAUUAAUAGUAUGCCAACAAAACCUGAUGAAUCAAGUAUACAUACAUCAAAGCCAAAUAAUCAAACAUUAUCAAGUCUUAUUCAUAGCAUUCCAUUACAACAAGAUGAAAAAUCAACUAAUAAACCUGUUAUAACUCCACAAAAACAACCAUCAUCAAUAUUUGGUAUUGGAUCGGCAUCAUUUCAACAUGAAGAUACAGAUAAUACAUCAACAAGUGUAUCAAUUGAAAAAACAUCUAUAAAUAAAAGUCUUAUUGGUGGACAAACAUUAUCACCAAAAAAAAAUGUAACAAUUAGUUCAUUGGUUCAUUCAUUGCCACAACCUGAAUCAAAUUCAAAUUCGUGGACAUAUGAUAAGUCAUCAAUACAUAAACAAGAAUCAAAUGUAACACAAGCAAAAAGAAUUGACUCAUCAGAUGAUACAACAUUAUCACAUUCUGAUGAUGAUGAUGAUAAUAUUAGAAGUAGCUAUAGACCUAAAACACCAUCAACAAUUCUUCCUAAACUACCAACAUUAAAUAAUACAGCAGUAUUUGCCACAACACGUUCAAAUGAAAAAAUCGAUAAUACUGAUAGUGAUGAAGAUUCAAUUGAAGCUGCUGUUCGACAAAUGAAUACACAAAAAUCAUCACUUGGUAUUCAAAAUUUAGUUAAUUCACAAAUUGGAAAUAAUUUUAAAGCUUCUCAACAAACACCUAUUUCAACUGUACAAUCACCAAUAAGUGAAGAUUAUUUAUAUACAACAUCAUCUAUAGGUUCGAAAAAAGAAUCAACAACAACAGGUAUUAAUGCUUUAUUUCAACAUAAUCCAUUACUUAGUAAAAAAACAAGUGGAUCAACAUGGGAUGAUUCUCGUCCAUUAAGUGCUGAUUUAGAACGUAAUUCAAUUAAAUCAAAAAAUCGCGUAACAAGUGAUUCAAAUGAUAGUGACACAGAUCAAGGAGAACAAUUAGCAACGAUUGUUAAAGCACCAGUAAAAGGUGGUGCUAUAGCAAAUUUAGUUCAAACAAGUAUCCGACCAACAGAACUUACUGAAACAAAAUCAACAGGUGUUGAAAAUUUAUUAAAAAUUAUGAAUGAUAUUCAGAAUUCACCACCGCCGAAUCAAAAUCAAUCAAUACCACAUAAAACAAUCGGAACACUUAUCACUUCGUCAAUGGUUCAUCGUACUGGAUCAAUAUCCUCAAAUGCUAGUUCAUUAGCUGAUGAUACAGCACGAACAUUAGCAAUGGCAAUUCCUACUAUUCCUAGUUCAAAACCACAAUUAUAUCAUGACGAUGUUGAUAAAGUUCUUUGGCCCUCAGUAACAAAUGAUAGACAUGAUUUUAAACAUAUAACAGACAGAUAUUCAAAUGACCUGAUUCCAUCAUCUCAACGACAAUUAUCACAUACAUCAGCACAUCAUGAAUUUAAUAGUUUACGUGGUUCGAUGUCUUCUUCAACAUCAUCAAUUCAAAACAAUAUGGAACGUUUAAGUGAACUUAAAGAAGAUAUCAAACAAAUCGAACGUAAACAAGAAGAUAGUCUUGAAUUAAAACGACAAUUAAAAGAUAUGGAAAUAAAGAAGAAUAAUUUUGAAGCAUUAUAUAAAAAAAAUGAUCAAUUAUUACGUGAAACAGAAACAAAGUUAGAAAAAGAAAUCAAUGAAAAACAACGUUUAGAAUGGACAACGAAAAAUUUAAAUAUGGAAUUAAAAAGUGUUAAACAAAAACUUCAAUCAUUAGAAGAAGAAAAAGAUAUAUUAAAUCAACGUUGUAUCAAAUUAAAGGAAGAACGUGAUAAUUAUGAUGAAAAACUACGUAUACAUCAAACAAAUACUUUACAAACAGCAGCAGCCGGUGUACUACGUGAAGAAGAUAUUGAAAAAAUAAAAUUACGACAUCGAGAAGAAAUGAAAUUAUUAUCAGCUGAAAAUGAUGAUCUUCAUCAACGUACAAAACAAUUACAAUCAGAUUUACAAUUACAUAAAGAAUCACUUGAUGUAACAAUACGUUAUAAAAUUGAUUUAGAAAAAGCUUUAGAAGAAAAAACAUUUUUACAACAUGAAUUAGAUCGUUUAAAACAUGAAAGAGAUUUUAUUGAACAAGAAAAAAUUGAUUUUAAAACAAAAUAUGAUAAUUUACAAGAAGAAAUACGUCUUAUAUUAUUAGAUCGUUCAAAACUUGAACAAAAAUUAACAAAUGAAUUACAAGAACAAAUGAAACAACGACAACGUUCAACAGAUGAUACUAAAAAAUAUAAAACACAAAUAGAACAAUUAAAUAUUAAAUUAGGUGAUGCUGAAGCACGUUUACUUGUUUUACAAACACAAAAUGAAGCAUUAUUAGCAUCAAAAGAUCGUGAAAUUAAAAAUGAAUUUGAAACACUUACACAACGUCUUAAUAUAAUUGAAUCAGAAAAAUUAAACGCUGAACAACGUUUUCAUAAUGAACAGAGAGAUAUAACAAAUAAACAACAACAGCAUGUUUUACAUGAACCACUUGUCAUUCUUACGUCAACACCAUUAAGCAAUGCUGCUCAGCAACAACAACAUCAGCAUUCACCUUCUUCACCAUGUAUGAAAUGUGAUACACUUCAACGAAGUUAUGAACACGAACGUGAACAACGUAUGCAAACUGAAAAAGAUAAUGAACGUUUACGUGAUGUUGUAUCACGUCAAAAACAACAGAAUGACUUAAAUAAAUCUAUUCAACACCAACAAGAAUAUGAAAAUAUUGUUGCUGAAAAUUCAAAACAAAUUCGUUCUGAAACUGAACGUGUUAAAUAUGAACUUGAUCGUCUUCGACAUGAUUUUGAUAAAUUAGUUUCAAAUUAUGAUCCACCAAAUAAUUUACAGCAACAAGCACAACUACAUUCACAAAUAGAUACAUUACGUCAUUUUUAUGAACAAGAAUUUCGACAACAAUUACUCUUAUCAAAAUUAACAAAUGGAAUAAAACCAACAACAGCAAUUCAUACUUAUCAUCAAACAUCAUCACCAAUAAAACAUGAUGAAUAUGAUCAUUCAUUAAAUGGAAAUUCAAAUUGUUCAGUAUGUUCAAAUAGUCGUUUACUUAAAGAACGUCUUGAAAAUGCUAUUGAUACAAGUUUAGCUGAUCAACGUAUACAAACAAUUAAACAACUCCCUAUUUUACCACGAUUAACAUCUCCUUUAUUACCAACAAAUACUAAUGCUAUCUCAUCUAUUGAACUUUUACGCAAACGUUAUUAUGUUUAA